AUGUUGGUAACGAACCAAUAGUAAUUUAUGAAAGAAGUCCAGGAUGUGUGAAUAUUUUCAACCGAGCAUAUCAUAUAUCCACAUUUCCAUUGAAUGAUUUGUAUAGACCACAUGAUUCAAAUCGACUUGAUAUACAUAUAUCUCCUGAAGAUAAUGAGUAUGCGUUCACAAUGGCUAAUGAUCGCAGAUCAUAUUCUUCUGACACACAGAAAGCCUACAAACAAACUUAUGAAUUAUACGAAAAAUACUCACACUUAGAAUAUCCUAACAAAGUAAUUGUGAAGAAUGACUUUG